AUGAAGAGGUGUGUAAGAAUUUUGUUACUUUUAUGCGGGCUUAUUUGUUUAGUAGGAAUAGGCAUGUUAAUGGUUAUAAAUACAGAGCUUGUGUCUAAAUUAAAUAAAAAUAAUCUAAAAGCCUGGAUAGGCCUUGCACCUGCGCACAUGAGUAGGCCGGCUUCUCUAGCUAACACUACUUUUACAGGAGUAGGCCAAGAUAAUUCCAAUACAAACGUUUCUUUAAAUAUAGAAAGGAAGUUUCACAAAGUAGAAAUUCCUUCUUCUUCCUCCUGCAAUGACAAACCAGUAUUAAUUUUAAAAAAACCUUCUGACACUAAAUUUUCUCAUGCAAGGCGCUCCUCAUCAAAGAAUGCCACAGCACAGAAAAAUAAUAAGAUAAAUUCAUGCAAUGCUCCUAUGUUUACUAAAAAGCAAAUAGCUGAUGCCAUAAUGAUUGCUAAAAAGCAAAUAGCUGAUUCCAUAAAAGAAAACCUGGCAAUAAAAUCCAAUCCUACCAAAAGUCCUGUAACUAGCGCCAUAAAAGACACAGUGCCGAAGCCCUUAGCGAAACCAAAAAGUAUAAUAGAAGCGUUAGAAACCAUUUCUAAAAAGAAUCCUCAUUUGGUUAAGUCAUCCUAUUCUAAUACAGAUAUUAAUGAAAUCAUUAAGCACCAAAAUAAAGUUGUAGUUGAAAUUACUAGAAGUUUAGAUGAUAUAGAAAAAAAAACUCUAUGGGAGGUACUACAGGCAUGCUCAAAAGAAAUAACCAUAUAUAACGACUAUGAUGACUUAAAUACUAGCAUAGAUGUCUCUAUUGAAUAUCCUGAGGCUAUAAAGCCCUGCCUAAUUGUUAAACAUGCACUAUUUUCGUACUAUACCCCAAGAAAUACGUGUGAUGGUUCUUUGUCAAUUAGUGGAUUUUUCUUUAACCCGAAUGAAAAGGCAUUCAGUGAAUAUAAAAUAUUUCACUUUUUUAAAAAACUUACAAUAUCAAAUACAACUGCUUGGACAAGUGCAUUGAAUCUAUUGAAUGAUUUUAGUAAUCUAAAAGAAUUGUCUUUUGGCAAAGAAACAAUUUUAAACACUAAUAACAGUUUAGAUCUGAGUCUACCCAACUUAGAAAGACUGAAAAUACAAUAUGUCAACGAAAAAUAUGUAAAUUUGCUACUUGACAUAUUAAACUUUUGUGUGUGCAUUAAAGAAAUAACUAUAGAACAAAUCGAUUUAAUAGACACUGAUCGGCUGAAUAGCAUAGGAAAUCUUGAAAAUAUAACUUCAUUUACACUAAAAAAUAUAGUCUUUAUUGGAUUUCCAGAUUUUACCUUUCUGGAAAAAAUGAGUGCACUUAAAGAGUUGACUAUGCAAAAUAUUUUCUAUUCUUAUACAGAAAAGUUUACAAUAGAAAACUUGAGUGAAAUUAAGCAGGAUCCCUCGCGUUUAAAUCCAGAAUGCUUAGGCGAACCCACGCUGGAUUUAAAAAAGAGAAAUGCAGUUCAUUUUUCAGAUAUGAUAAAUAGAAACAAAGCAAUAGGCACGGCCAUUUCGCCUACUAGUAUUUAUAUAGAUAGCAAACUAUAUAACGAUCUAGGAAUUCAUAAAAUGGUGCCUAAGCAAGAAAGUGAAUAUAAUAUUUACAUUGGAUUUUCAAAAAAGGCAGCGUCUAACUGGAUAGAUUCAGUUGUGCUGGGAUUCUUUAUAAAUUAUUCGCAUAUGGAGCUUUAUAUUGUUACCACGCAAUUUAUUUUUAUUGACCAUCAGCUACUUAACUAUAUGGAGUGCAUUGACUUUCCAUUUUUACAUGCUGAAACUAUUGAUGAAAUAUUCUUUGUAAAGUCUCUGCUGGAACCUAGUAAAAACAAAUUAAUUAGUGUAUUUUUUAAACAAAUUAUUAAGUAUGCAGAAUUUAAUAAGAUCAAAAAUAUACAAAUUUCAUCUUUAUCGUGCUUUGCCACAGUAGAUAUAUAUGAUAUUAUUGAAAUUACUAAUAAUAUGGCAUAUCUUGAAAGCGUAGAAAUGCACAAUGUUUCUUUUUCUCCAACCAAAACAAUACCCAGAAACAGCAAUGAAGAAAAGGCCCUGCAAUCGUAUGCUAAAUAUAUUCAAUCCGAGUUUAGUUUGUCUAGCUUUAGCUUCAUGUUUGUUAAAAAAGAAAAUAUUCUUCGGAUUACCAAGGCUGUGUGCAUGGAUCCUUAA